AUGACAGAAAUAGACGAAACUCACGUUGAUGUACAUGACAUCUUGGAACGCAUGAAACUCCAAGAGUCCAAGAUUUACGCGCAAGCACCAAUCGAGGACGAACUGGUUGCCCUGUGGCGAAAGAUGCUGAUUGAAUGGAUGUACUAUGUCGUUGAUUACUGCCGUCUGCAACGCGCAGCAGUGGCAGCAGCCUCCUUUUUCUUUGAUGUUGCAGUUCAAAAGAAGCUGGUUUGCACCCCCGAGGAGCAUCAAUGUGCGGCUGCUACAGCACUCCAAUUGGCAUUGAAAACUCACGAUUCGACCAUUAUCAAGCUGGACAAGUUGGUCAAACUUGGAAGGGGACAGUUUACGGAAAAAGAUGUCGUUAAGAUGGAACAGAAAAUUCUGGAAAGUUUGGAGUGGCACUUGCACCCACCAUCUUCUUAUUGCUUUCUAAGGCAAUUCGAACGGUUGCUGCCAAACACAAUUGGCCAAACCACCAGACAAAUGAUUACCAAUAUUACCUCCUUGGCCUGCGAGGUGACUCUUACGGAUCACCAUUUCCUUGCGUACCACCCAUCAGAGGUUGCUCAUUCUUCUAUGCUCUUGGCAUUGGAAAUGAUUCCACACGAGGAUCUUCCAAUUGUCCAAAGACAAUGCUUUCUCUUGCGCAUGGCAUCUGCCGCUGAAAUGGAUUGCAAAUCGAAAGCUGUCCUGGAAGCCUUUGAACAUCUCAAGGAAUCGAUGGAAGCCAGUCCAAAGUUUGCUACUUUGACUGAAACCUUGCAGAAGCAGCAAAAGCAAAAUGCUCGCGACUGCCGCAAGUACUAUCGCAAACGAGGUUGCUAUACAUCCUCAGUUCACAAUCACUCUCCUCGACACGUCAUGGUUGGAUUGAUGAGUCCAUAA